AUGGCGCGACCACCCUCUCACACUGUGAGCUUUCCCCGGAGCUCGCCCUCCAACGGUUACUACUACCCGCUGGCGGCAGCGCCAGCCUUCCGUGCUGUCGUCGCUCUCCUAGCAUUGGUCCUCGUUCUACUACCACUGCCGCAGUCGGUCCUCGCCGCCGCCGGAGCUGCCUCUCACAACCAUUCCGCGGCCUCGCCGGGAAUCACCGCCGCGAUGAACUGGCUGGCGCAUCGCCCGCGGCGCGAAUUGUCGCUUGGCCCAUCGCAUGGGUCGCAUGGGUCGCGCGGGGCGACAGAGCGUCGCAUGAGCCUCCUCGAGAGGCCCGCAUCGUCGCGCUCUCUAACAUUGCUCGCUGACAUGCGUGCGCUGGUGGCGCUGAACGCCGCGUGGCAGCUAUGGCCGUCCAACUCCAACCGCUCACGCCGCUGCGACCAGUGGGAGUACAUCCAGUGCAACGCACAGGGCUUCAUCACUGCUGUCGUUCUGCCUGAGAUGGGGAUCGACGCGACCAUGCCUCUCAAUGUCUUCUCCACCAUGCCUUACCUCAGACGCCUGGACUUGUCUUAUACAGCUGUGAAUGGCUCGCUACCAUCCUCCAUCCUAUCACUCUUAGCUCUCGCACACCUAGACCUUCUUUACACACCUCUCUCUGGGGUCCUGCCUUCCACUCUCAGCCGCCUCUCCCGCCUCACAUACCUCAACAUCGGUGGAACUGGCUUCACCGGGCGUUUGGAGGACCUCUCGUGGCUCUCAAACCUCACCAACCUGCGCUCUCUUAUGAUGGAUUACAUGCGGAGUAUAAGUGGGGAUUUGUCAUCCCUCACCUUUCUCACCGCUCUCAGGGCCCUGCAACAAUUCACCAUUGCAAGCGACACACACUGGACUGGGGAGCUACCAGUGUCGCUCGGAACCCUCACCUCCCUCACCCAUUUGGACUUAUCCCGCAUUGCAACCGCUCAGUUCCCCCGAUGGGUGAUGGACUUGACAGCCUUGCGAUUCCUUGACGUCACCCAUGACGUUGACUAUCGCUCCGGAGUGGUGCCGCAGGACCUCUCCCGCCUCAGUCAACUACAGCACUUUGAUGCAACAGGCAACGGAUUGGUUGGUGCGCUUCCAGAGUACUGGACCACUCUGAACCACCUUACCUUCUUGUCGCUUUCUGGAAACAAGAUUGAAGGCUCCAUUCCAUCCACAUUAUCUGCCCUCACCUCCUUGAGCACGCUAGACCUGAGUGGCAACAGCAUGGACAGCACCAUUCCACGAGUCUUUGCCACAACUCUCAGUAGCCUCAACCUCAAUGGUAAUGGCUUCUCUGGCCCUGUGCCAACAUUUCUCGGCUCCCUCACUGGCCUCACAUACAUGGACUUGCGUGAAAACAACUUCACAGGGGCGAUUCCCGAGUCUUUUACAGGCCUCACCAACAUGCCUGGACUCCGGUUGGCUGGCAACCAGUUGAAUUCAGGGCUUGAAGUGGUUGAGAGGAUGACAUGGCUUGAUUCACUGGAAAUUUCUUACAACAUGUUUGCGGGUAGUUUCCCCAGUCUUUCGUCCUCCCCUCUUCUCAGUCUAUUGGGUGUUCGCGGCAACUCUUUUCACGGAUCAUUUCCGUCUGCUCUGCUGAACCUCACCAGUCUCAUGUAUCUAGACGUCGGGCAGAAUCAGCUGUACGGGUCCAUUCCUGAUGACAUAUCUACAUUACAAAGUCUGGAUACUCUAAGCAUUGACUACAACAGCUUUCACGGGGAGAUCCCUCUUAGCCUCUUUACCAUCAAAGACAUUUCUGCCUUAUAUUUGAAUGGCAAUCGGCUAGGAGGAAGUCUGCCCAGCAGAUUAGUAACAGGAUCCCUCGCCCAAUUGCACCUUCAAGGAAAUGGAUUGUCGGGCCCUCUUCCCGAUUUUGCACACUGGAACACGACUCUGGUUGUUCAUUGUUCUUCCAUUCCUCUCCAGGUUUCUACGAGACAACAACUUUACAGGGUCCAUACCGCAAUCAAUCAGCACUCUGACUUCACUCAGCAUAAUUUCAUUGGCCAACAACCAGCUAUCAGGGACAUUGCAUACAUCUCUUACAACCUUGACCAAUAUUGCAGUCAUGUAAUCCACGACAUCAGCAACAACAGCUUCUACGGCCCCAUCAACAGCAACUUCCGCAGCAUGAUUCCUGACAACGGCGCUCUGCUCAACAUCGCAGGCAACUUCUUCUACGGCGACCCCAUGCUCUACGCCGAUGGCUGCCAGUUCUGCCCCUCGGGGGUCAUCCAGCCCCUUGUCUUGUUGCCAGGCGACCUCACUCUCCCCUCUGGCGGCCGCUGCAUGCUCAAUGGGGGUGUUCAGAUGACGCGUGCAGGCGCCAACAAGCAGGGCCAGGCGAGUCUAAGGCAGAACUGUUUCACGCUGAACAAGCAGAUGGAGUGCACGGCGAACGAGACGCAGCGCAGCAGCGACGAGUGCCUGGCAUUCUGCAGUAUGUCGCGGGAGCUGGGGCCGUGCGACGGGCACGGAGCGUGUGUGCCGCCGCAGGUGGGGGCAGCAGAGGCGCGCUUCACGUGUGAGUGCGACGACGGCUUCGUCCCCACCAACGGCACCCUCGGCUCCACCUGCGCCCGCCCUGCUCCGCCCCCUGCUGCAGCGCUCUCCACGGGCGCAGUGGUGGGCAUCGCUGUGGGCUCUGCUGCCGCCUUUGCUCUCCUCCUCGCUCUCGUUGUCGCGCUGCUCUGGCCCCGCCAACGCAGGCGGUGGAGCGACCUGGACGUGUGUCAGGACUUUGGCGUGGUGCUGCUGGAGCUGCUGACAAGGCAGAAGGCAGCCGUGGAGGGCACAGAUAGCCACAUCAGUGACUGGGCGGCGCGCAAGGUGCAGGUGUACGAGCUGGGCGAGCUGAAGGACGCGGGGCUGGAGGCGCCGGACGAGGCGGUGGUGGAGCUGGCAGACAUCGCACUGGACUGCCUCAAGAUGCCCGCCUCGCGCCGCCCCCCCAUGAAGGACGUCGCCCGGCGCCUCCACAACCUCCUCUCACAGUACUGUGGUGAUGGUGACCACUCGGCCGUUGUAGAGCCCGGUUUGAGAAUGGAAGGAGGGGGUGUGCAGGGUGACGGUGGCAGCACGGACACGUUUGGGAGGAGCGAGUGGUCGGAGGGGAUGAGUGGAGCGUCUGCUGCUUCCAAGAGUCUCAUCCAUUCGCUGUCGGAGAAGUGGCGGAUGAUUGAGUAG